AACUACCUUAAAAUCAAAUUAAGGAUGAGCAUAAAUUAUGCCUGUAAUGUAUUUUAACCAUAUUUAAAGAAUUAAGAAAAACUGGGAGAAGACAAUCUGUAAACACCGAUUUCAUGCAAUAUCACAAACUAUCUUAAGUAUAUAAUUGUGAAGUAUAAAAGGAUAAGACUUUCACAGAAUCCUUUCCCGUAUCGCUUCAAAGAACUAAACCGAACUUUAAGAAUCAAUUAUCACAAUUAGAAUUGUAAAAUUCAAUAUUAUAAUUAAGCGAUGAUCAUUAAAUUGACUUUAAGAAUCACCCAUUCACAUUUUAAGAUAAGACUGAUUAAAAAACAGAAGUAACCAAAAAGAAAUUCGUAUUUGAUGAAUAUUAAUCAACUAAAUAAGGGGAGUUUAAAAAUUUUAUGAAUGCUAUGGAUGAUUAUAUAAACUUUUUAAAUGAAAGUUCUGAUUGUUUAACUUUGAAUUCAGAAAAUUACAGUUAAUUAGAAAAUAUCUUAUUUGCAAAAUUUAACAUAAUUAGAUAAAAACAUGAAGAAUUAAAUAAGAAAUAUAAGAUGGCAUAAUAAAAUUUUAAAGUUCAAAAAUAUUAGAAUUAGUUAUUAAAAAAGCAAAUUUUGGAAAUCCAUUCAUAAUUGGAAGAUGAGAGAUAAAAAAAUUUAGUAUUGAAUGAUAUCAAUGAAAAAUUGAAAAAGAAAUAUAGAGAUUUAUAAAAUAAAACACAAUUCAUUUAAAAUUCAUUUAUGUAAGAUAGAAUAAAAUUCGAACAUAAACGAUAGAAUUAAUAUUAAUAAAGUAUAUCAUUUGAUGAAAGUGAUAGAGGUACAACACAGCAAACUUAUGAAACAAAUGAUGAUUAACAAAAUGUGACAAAAUUCUUAAAAUCUCAAAUGCGGAAAUUGAGGCAGAACAAUUAAUAAAUUGAUGAUUAUUCUCGUCUAUAUAAAAAAAUUAGUGAACAUAAUAAUGAUGACUUUUGA